AUGAUGCUUGUCGGCAUCGGGGUAGCGCUGGUGUCCAUACUAUGCAGCGGCGCAGGUCAGCAAGGCAACAGAUAUCCGGUCUUGGGGAGCUUCCUGGACUCUUCGAAUCGCGCCGCAUCCGACGCAAGCAGGGGAGAGGCCCAAUCCACUUGCGCCGACCCGAAGAGGUGGCUCAAUCCUGGGGGACAUGACAUGCUCUCGGAGCUCCCUAGCUUUGGACAGCAUAAUGCAUCCAUGCUCUGGGGUACUUAUCGCCCCGGCGUAUAUUUCGGGUUCAAGACACGAACGUCUCCGGUGUCGGUGACCGGCGGCCUGAUGUGGCAUGGGGGAGACGGCCACAAUGGUUUACCUCCCCUGCGCCACGAGUGCAGCGAGGGGGACGGGUUGGGGCCUUACGGGUGGGUGGAACACGACGGUAGGAGCUACGGCAAGCAGGACAUUGUGGACAAGAAGGCUGGUGUUCGCCUCGUCACGUCGAUGGUCAAACCAGCACAGCUCAAGGACCACAGCAGUUCCGACCGAGACACGUCAGACGUGCUCCUGGCGUCUAGGGUAGAAGUUUUCCCUGCGGGAUCGGAUGCAUCGCUGCGACCGUCCACCAUCUAUUUCUACAUUGGGCUGGACUGCAAUGCCGCCGUCAACAACGAUUCCGAGGAGUCAUGUUUCGCAGGUGGAACAUCUGGCCUCGAAGUGGUCCAUCCAGAGUCCAGCUCACAACAGUCCUUGCUGGUUAGAGGGGCCCAUCCACAGCAUGGCGCUUUCGAUUUGGAGGCCGCGGUUGUCUCGAACAGAGAUAGUGACAGUUCGUCCUCGGAAAUGGAAGGUGUCGUUGCUUUCUUGGGCAAGAAGGGUGUUCCGAUGGCGGACGCGAAGAAGGAGGUGGAGAAGCGCCUCGAGGCACACCGCCGUGCGAGCCGAAGAGCUCCUACAAGCGAAAAGGCGGACAGAGGACCAUUUGUUCUUCCAAACGAAGCUGAUGCUGGCAGCAACGUGGUGCUCGUACAGGUGGUUGGAGAGGCUCCUUUCACGGUAGACUUCGUCGUUCGGGCUAGCACCCCCGGUGGAGACGUUAAGACUCCCACCGCCAGCAGCGGCGAUGGAACAAUGGCCCGGCAGUUCGUGGCCCCGGCAACGGUCUCGGGCUGGCUGGAGGCCGGUUCGCGUUCAUUCUCGGAACAGUUUCGGGAACGGUUCUCGUUGGAGGACAAAGGUUUCGAAGAGCGAGAUGUGGCGGCGGCGAAAGCGGCCUUGUCGAACAUGCUUGGGGGUAUGGGGUACUUCACCGGGAGGUCGGAAGUGCGAGGGGCCGGGCGAGACGGCGGGAACGAGGUCUCGUUUGAAACGAGCCUGUUCACGGCUGUGCCGUCGCGAAGUUUUUUCCCGAGAGGAUUUUUGUGGGAUGAAGGGUUUCACCAGUUGUUGGUCUCUGCAUGGGACAGGACGACCUCAGUGGACGUCCUCGGCCACUGGCUGUCGGUCAUGCAUGUCCACGAUACGGCAGGAGAGGUCGCAGGCAUGGGAUGUUCUGGCGGUUGGCUACCUCGAGAGCAAAUCCUUGGGGAGGAGGCUAGGAGAAGGGUACCGGAGGCUUUCAUGGCGCAAGAUGUCUCCGUAGCCAACCCGCCAACGCUCCUGUUGCUGGUGGAAAGACUACUAAGUGAUCUUCCCGAGCGUUCAAGCGACGAGGACAGCACCCCUGCUACAGAGACCUGCACAGCAGAGGCGGAUGCAAAUGCGGCGGGAGCGUCGUCUCAAGGAUGCUCUAGGGUAGGAGACAAGCAAGCGGAAGAACUGGAGCUAGGAGAGUUCCUCCGGAAAGCCUACCCUGUUUUAGACCUGUGGAUCCGGUGGUUGCUUAUUACUCAGCGGCCCGGGGCUACGGGGUGGGGAAGACAGGCGAAAAAGGCACCGCUGGGGGCGUUUCAGUGGAGAGGACGUGAUCCAGGCGACGGUCGGCUGAACGCGCUCACACUGGCGUCGGGACUGGACGACUAUCCCCGGGCUUCCCACCCCUCUCAAAACGACGAGUGGCACGUCGACGUCGUCUCUUGGCUGGCUCUGAGCUGCCGAUCAAUGCAAAGAUUGUCGACCGCGAUAGGUGUGGAGGGUAGCGUUCCAUACGGCCACCUGUUCGAUGAGUUGAUGGAGGGACUGUUGGAAUUUCAUUGGGAUCAGGAGGAGGAAGCCUUCUUCGACCGGGGGCUGCACGUUUCCGACGGCCGGCUAGUGGAUGAAGUCAUCAUGCGCUGCAAGAACGGCUACGUAAGCAUGUUUCCUUUGCUGCUCAAGCUUCUCCCCCCGGAGAGCCCAGCAGUUGGGAGUCUCUUGGCGCAGAUGAGGGACUCGACACAGCUGUGGAGCCCACAUGGGCUUCGGUCGCUGUCGGCGUCAGAUCCAUUUUACCAGGUGGAAAAUAACCCUGGCGACGAGCCGUACUGGAGAGGGCACAUCUGGGUCAACGUUAACUAUCUCGCCCUGGCUGCUCUGUCGCACUACAGCCAAGCCGAGGGCCCUUUCAGGAAAGACGCGGGCAGGAUCUACACUGAGCUUCGGACUAAUUUGUUGCGCACUCUUCUCGGGGGUUACCAGUCCACGGGUUACUUCUGGGAGCAGUACGACGACCGUAGCGGGCGAGGGUUGAGAUCGCACCCUUUCACCGGUUGGACAGCACUCGUUGUGCUCAUCAUGGCGGAAAUAUACUGAGUGAUAUUCCCGGCAUCGG